AUGUCCGACUACGAAGAUGAAAUGGACGUUGAUGCGCCUGCCGCUCAGUCCUCGAUUCAAUUCUCUUCCAACUCAAAUGAGAAGGGCAAGAGAAGUGCUGCCAACUUGCCCGUCGAGCUGCAAGACACACUACCAUGGGUAGAAAAGUACCGACCAAACACCCUCGACGACGUCUCCGGUCAUCAGGACAUUCUAGCCACAAUCAACAAAUUCGUCGACGGCAACCGACUCCCCCAUCUCCUCCUCUAUGGCCCUCCAGGUACCGGAAAGACGUCGACUGUUCUCGCUCUCGCCCGCCGUAUCUACGGCAACAAGAACAUGCGUCAAAUGGUCCUCGAACUCAACGCUUCCGACGAUCGUGGUAUCGAUGUCGUCCGCGAACAGAUCAAGACCUUCUCGAGCACAAAACAAAUCUUCACCUCCUUUGGUGAUAAGUCUGGUGGUGACAACAGCCCGGCCAACUUCAAGCUUAUCAUUCUUGACGAGGCCGAUGCCAUGACCUCAACCGCUCAGAUGGCUCUGCGCAGAAUCAUGGAAAAAUACACCUCCAACACCCGUUUCUGCAUCAUCGCCAAUUACACCCACAAGCUCUCGCCCGCUCUACUAUCACGUUGCACUCGUUUCCGCUUCUCGCCACUCAAGGAGGCCGAUAUUCGACGUCUGGUAGAUAUUGUCAUCGAGAAGGAAGACGUGAACAUCGCCCCCGACGCUACCGAUUCGCUUGUCACUUUGUCAAAGGGUGAUAUGCGUCGUGCGCUCAAUGUUUUACAAGCUUGCCACGCUUCGUCAACACCACUACAUAUACCAGGUCAAGCACCUCCCCAAGGAGCCAAAAUCGAGCGCGACCUGAUCACAAACGAAACAAUCUUCGACUGCAUUGCCGCACCACAUCCUGCUGAUAUCGCAACCAUCCGCGAUACACUACUUUCCAACCCCGAUGUCACUUCAUGUCUGGCAACGAUCAACACUCUGAAGGCAAACAAAGGUCUAGCCUUGGCUGACAUUUUGACUGCUCUUGGUGAGGAGCUUGCAAAUCUAGAAGUGCCUGCUCACACAAAGGUUAGCUGGUUACAAGGUCUGGCUGAGAUUGAGCACAGACUAAGUGGUGGCGGUAGUGAGAACCUACAGACAGGCGGUUUGGUUGGCACGGUCAGAAAUGGUUGCGAAAUUAUGGAAAACAAGAGCAAAUGA